AUGGUUCCAAACGAGCUUUCCACCGCCAUGACAAACCGGUCUUUACGAACCAUCAAAACCGAAUUGGAAUUCCUUUGCGACUCAUCCGUCAUCACACCCGGUCAACUGACUUCGAUCCUUUCACAACUUCCAAGUCAAACCCAGUUACAUGCUCCGUUAUCGCAGUCAAAGGCUGACACGGCCUUCUCGCCUCCCACGACUCAACUAGAUCACAUGGGUUUGAAUGAGAAGACGAUGGAACAGAACCCUUACUCGGCGAUCGCCCCUCCGCCCUCUUAUGCCGCUACUCCGCCAAUCUUGUGCAUGGCAUCAGCACUCUACGCAUAUUCUCCCACGGACGGAGGUGAUCUAGCCUUGCAAGCGGGCGAUCGUAUUCAAGUCCUCGAGCACAUGAACAAUGACUGGUGGCGUGGUAGGAAUGAGCGCACAAACCUAGAAGGCAUUUUCCCAAGAACCUACGUUAGUAUCAUCGAUGAGAAACCGGCCAUCCUGUCACCACAACCGACCAGCUACGGAAAUAUGCCUCUUGAAGUUGCACACUCUGGCUCCAGCAGUCAAUCGGGAAGGAAACCGAGCAAGUUUGAAGAAAAUGGCAAGAAAUUCGGCAAGAAGAUGGGUAAUGCUGCUAUCUUCGGUGCUGGCGCGACGAUUGGAUCGAAUAUCGUCAACGGAAUUUUCUAA